ACCAAAGUACCAAACCCAUUUUCUUUUCUCUCUCCCGUGGCAAUCUCACCCAAACGGCCAAACCCUCAACCCUCGUCUCCCUAACCCCGUGAUUUCUCACUCUUAAACCCCUGCUUCGUUCUCUCUCUCACCGCUUGUGCUGGUGUCCUCCUUUGUUACAGGAGCUUUCUCUCUCCUCUGACCUUGUGCGGUCACCGCAGACGCAACUCUGAUUCUUCCCUCUUCGAUCUCCCUCCUCUGGUUCGUUCUGGCUCGCUGUUGCAUCGAGAACCGGUGAACGUCACACCUCCUUCGGCUACCGCGCGCUGCUGCUCUCGUCUCGCCGGACUACGUUGCCCCUGUUUUCUCUCUUCGUUUGUUGUUUACGCGAGUGUUGUUGUGCUGUGCAACACUGCUCUUCGUGCGCCACCGCCAUCGUGGUUGUGGUUGUUGGUGAUUCUGCUGCUGGUUUGCUGUUGCCCUCUACUUUUUCCUCCGAAAUUUUGUUGGUGCUACGUGUGGGUGGAGCCACCUUAAGCCGACGCUAAUAGGAGGAGCACUCAUGGAAGAUGGUUUCCCAGCUGAUAAGCUUUUCAAUCAAGGGUAUUCAUAUACGUAUGAUGACGUUAUCUUUCUUCCGCAUUACAUUGAUUUUUCUACUGAUUCUGUUAAGCUUAAUUGCAAGCUUACAAAAAAUAUUUCUCUCUCUAUCCCUUGUGUGUCCUCCCCUAUGGACACCGUGACCGAGUCGUAUAUGGCGGUAGCCAUGGCCUCCCUUGGUGGGGUAGGAAUCUUACAUUCGAAUAACACUCCCUCUGAACAAUUCAGUCUCCUCAAGUCUGCCAAGUCCCGUCGCAUCCCAUUCGUUUCAGAGUUUGAGACUAAAUCGCCCUCGGAUGUGAUUGAGUCAGAGGGUGAUUUUGGUUUGUCGAAUGUGAUUUUGGUUACAGAGACUGGGAGCAGAAAAUCGAGGGUUUUGGGGUAUGUGUUGAAGUCUGAUUGGGUAAAGUUGAAGAAUAAGGAGGGUAGGCUUUGUGAUUACAUGUUGAAAUUGGAAUAUUCGGUGCCGAAUAGGUAUGAUUUGGACCAAGUUGCUGGGUUUUUGGGAGAGAAAGGGGUUAAAUUGGUGUCAACUAUGAGAGAAAGUGAUGGUGAAGUUGUGGAUUUGGUGACCUUGGAGGAUAUUGAGAGGAUUCAGCAAUAUCCAAAGAGAUGUUUGCCGUCAUUAGUGGCUAAUGGGGAUUUUUUGGUGGGAGCUUCAAUAGGGACUAGAGAAUCAGAUAAGGAGAGGUUGGAAUAUUUGGUCAAGGGUGGGGCUGAUGUGGUGGUGUUGGAUAGUUCCCAAGGGAAUUCUAUUUAUCAGUUGGAUAUGAUAAAGUAUAUAAAGAAUACCUACCCGAAAUUGGAUGUGAUUGGAGGGAAUGUGGUGACUAAAUAUCAAGCUCAAAACUUGAUCCAAGCAGGAGUCGAUGGACUCAGAGUUGGCAUGGGAUCUGGCUCGAUAUGUACUACUCAGGAGGUCUGUGCUGUAGGCAGAGGACAGGCUACUGCUGUGUACAAAGUUUCAUCUAUUGCUUCACAAAGUGGUGUCCCUGUCAUUGCUGACGGGGGUAUAUCAAACUCGGGACACAUUGUUAAGGCCCUAGUUCUUGGAGCAUCUACUGUGAUGAUGGGUAGCUUUCUGGCGGGUAGCACUGAAGCUCCUGGUGCUUAUGUAGUUCAGGAUGGUCGUCGUGUCAAGAAAUACCGAGGCAUGGGCUCUCUGGAAGCAAUGACAAAAGGAAGUGAUCAACGAUAUCUUGGGGACAAGUCUAGGCUUAAAAUUGCUCAAGGUGUUGUCGGUGCCGUUGCAGACAAGGGUUCUAUUCUAAACUUGGUACCUUACACAAUGCAUGCAGUUAAACAAGGGUUCCAAGAUCUUGGUGCCUCGUCACUUCAGUCUGCCCAUGAUCUAUUGAGAUCAGAAGUAUUAAGACUUGAGGCUCGAACCGGUGCUGCACAAGCUGAAGGAGGAGUCCAUGGUUUGGUUUCUUAUGAGAAGAAGGCGUUUUAAUGCAUACUAACAUAUGCAUAUUGGAUGACUGCUGAAAUUUGACAUAUAGAUCAAAUUGUGUGCUCACUUUACUCUUUGUUUUCCCCUUCCUGGAAAUGGAAGGGGUUUGAGCACUUGAAUAAAAAUAGUUCUUGGAGUUUAUAUCAUCACUACAAAGAUUAUGUUACUUGAAUUUUCUCCCUUUUUUGCUUAUAUAAGAGUAUUGUGAUUUACUUAA